AAGUUCUGAUCUCUUAACUGUAAUCACAGCCCCUUUGAAACGUUUCACUCAUUCCCUUUCAUACAGUAUGUUCCAGUUAAUACGCCCGCCCAGCGUCAUCCACAAAUCAUAUUACUGGUUUGAGUGACAAUAAGGUUUCCACUUGGCAUGCCUGGCGGGAGAUGAGCGCAUUUUCUUUUUUUUUCCUUUUUUUUUAGCUAAGCGGAAAAAUUACGCUCAUGUUCUAAAGCUGAAAACGUGCGCAUAGGGCUAAUGAUGAACUUCACGCCUACCUGUUCCUAGUCAAUCCGAAAGCGCAGCCUCCUACAAAACUUCAGGAAGAAACGCACAAGUAAAAUCAUCACUGCGAACCGGACCAGUUCUAAAAAGCGUGCCUUUUCUUCGCAGAAUGUGUUUGCUGCUUGGGUUUAUUUUUCUAUAACUCCUGUCUGGGGUCUGGCUUUGCUCCAUGCUCCCUCGGGCGGUGAGAUCCUCGCUGCCAAAUUGAAAUCGCUCCGUACUAUUGGAAUUCAAGAGGUUUUAGUUGGGACGUGCUUGUCACCUUCAGAACAUUUUUGUCUCUGGGAUUUGAAAACACCAAGAGCUGCGAACCCCGUGAUUCUGUUCCUGAAUGUCAUUGCGAUUGUCUCCAUCAACUACACUUCUUCCACGGUGCGACUUUGGGCAAGUUCAUAAGACUUUCCACGCGUUUUGGCUGGAUAUUUCCCCAAACUGUUCAAACCGUUCUACGGAAGCUGCAUGAUUAUCAAGGUCCUAACGUGCAGGUUUGGGUGUUGAAUAAUUAAUUUUCUUUUUUGGGACAUAUUAACACAGGAUGACCCCAGUAACUCGAACUCAGCUCGGCGUGUUUUUCAUCCUCCUCUGUCCGGUCAACAUAAUCGGGUUGUGGUGGGUGAUGGGAAGCCCUUUGGUCAUGGACCCCAACAGCAUCUGCAGGAAGACUAAGAGGCUAGCGGUCAAGCAGGCCGAGCUGUGCCAGAGGCAGCCUGAGAUCAUCAAUGAGGUCAUCAAGGGCACGAAGUUAGGCUUGCGGGAAUGUAAGCAUCAGUUCCGCUUCCGUCGCUGGAACUGCACCAGUCACAGCAAGUACUUUGGAAAAGUUCUGCAACAAGAUAUUCGGGAGACGGCGUUCGUGUACGCCAUCACGGCAGCGGGCGUGACGCAUGCGGUGACCCAGGCCUGCAGCAUGGGCGAUCUGCUGCAGUGCGGCUGUGAAAUCACGAGGAGCUGGGCACCUCCGAGGCCCGCUGCCAGCACCGACGCCAGCGCCGGCACCGAGCCCGUCAAAUGGGAGUGGGGCGGCUGUGGGGACGACGUGGAGUUUGGCUACGAGAAGUCCAAGCAGUUCAUGGACGGCAAGCAGAAAAGGGGGAAGAGCGACAUCAGAACCUUGAUGGAUCUCCAUAACAACGAAGCAGGAAGACUGGCGGUGAAGAAUUAUAUGAGAGCAGAGUGUAAGUGCCACGGGCUCUCUGGCUCCUGCACGCUGAGGACCUGCUGGAGGAAGAUGCCUCACUUUCGUGAGGUGGGAAACCGACUGCUGGAAAGGUUCAACGGGGCCUUCAAGGUAAUGGGAGGGAACGACGGAAAAACUCUGAUCCCCGUUGGACGGAACAUCAAGCCUCCCGACAAGCAGGACCUCAUUUACUCGGCUGAGUCUCCAGAUUUCUGCCUGCCCAACCGGAAAACGGGGUCGGUGGGCACCCGUGGGCGGGUGUGCAACAGCACAGCCCUGGACAUGAGUGGCUGUGACCUGCUCUGCUGUGACCGCGGUUACAGGGACCAGACGGUGGUGUACGAGGAGAACUGCCUCUGCAGGUUCCACUGGUGCUGCGUGGUGCAGUGCAAGAAAUGCUCUGUCAGGAAGGAGCUCAGCCUCUGCUUGUAGAAUCUUCUGCAUAGAUGGGUCUACAGUGCUGACUACAAAGACCAUUUAACCGGAGCUCUCAACUCUAUUCUCAUAUCCAGAAAGUUCCUUUGCUGUCAGUGCUGGAGUAGCAGCAAUGGAUAUUCUGUCUUUGGCCAUGUCCAUUCAUGAAAACCUAUAACGGUGUAUGCAAAACAAAAAACUUUCAGCUUUAAAACAAUGACAGAGACUUAAUAUUUUGUUUGUUAAACAGAAUGCAGACAGCUUAGUCUCUGCUUUUAGAAUUCAUUUUCAGCUGGUACAGAUAAAGCAGUUGCAGCUAGAAUUCAGAAACACAAGCAUGGCUACUUGGGUGACAGUACGAGCCAAAUAAUAAAACUGACUUUUAAUGAUAAGGUCUAUUUCUAGAAUUGAUUUAGACUGUGAGUCUGGCACUGUGAAAUUAACAUUACUCCCCAAAUGGGGUAAAGUAAGUAAGCAGACAUGUUUACAUUGUUCUCCCGAAAACAGAAAACUCAUUCUGUUGACCAAAUCACAUGGGGCUUUAAGAGGACAGCAUGUUUUUGUUGUUUUUGGUGGCCAAAAAAUGUCAGUGUUUGAAAUUUCAGAAGUAAAAAGGGAAAGUGUGCAUCCUUGCAGAGAUGCACACUGUCACUCAGAUGUGAUUAGAGGGCCUGUAUUUUAAACAUCUUACAGUAGGAGUGCUGAUCUAGGUUUUUCCCUGUUCAUACAAUAAACUUAUCCAUUAUGAACUAAAAUACAAAUGAUCCGAGAUCAUCAGUUUAUGAAGACAGGCUAUAUUAGCAUUAAGUAAGUUGCAUUGCAAGACAAUGUGAAGAUUACGGAACGGAACGUGCUCAAAAACUCAAAAAAACACUUUGAAUAUAAGAGAUGUGUAAACCAGGAUAAUGUUUUAUAUCUGUACAAAUUUGUUUAUUUCUUUAAAGUACUGUAUGUCUUUGUUUUGUAAAAAAAAGAGAACAGUCGGAAAUAUAAGUUUAUGAGCUGUAAAAAGAUUUAUCUUUUAGUCUUAAUAUUUUACGUACGUUUGUACAGUGUGUGGUUCCUGUAAUGCACUUUUGUUGAACAUUUAUAAGGUGUAUAUACUUUUUUUUUUUCUUGCGCAAUGGGCUGUCUCAUGCCUAACACUGCCAAUAAUUGGAUUCAUGAGGUCGGUGAUUUGCUGAAUGAAAGCCCUGUCAUUGAAGUCCAAACAUGGGCCAUGGUCCCAUUCUUUUACUCAGUUGUAUUUGACCUGGAGAGAUUUUUCUUAACUAUUUCAAGAUGGUGGAACUAAUUCAAAUAGCCUGACAUGAGAAGGCAAUUGUUUUGUUUUUUUGUUGCUUGUGAAAAAUACAUUUGCAUUUUCUUUUGAUAUUUGAUGUAAUUUAUGUUUAUAAUGUCCUGCUGCAGUCUACAUUACAGUGCAGUCUACAUUACAGCUUACAGAUCUCUCAUCCCAGUCCAUUUCUGCUUUACUAGUGAGCUGGUUAGGUGGCUAACUAGCUAAUUGCAUUUACUUGCUGGACACAUCUAAUUGGCACAGCUUUAUUGCACAUUUCUGUAACUUCGGAUUCUUCUCCCUCAAACUGCCAAGAAAACCAUAAUUUGUCAAAAAGCCAUCAAUAAUGGAGCUAUAGUGAGCUUUGAAAAUGUUGGAGACGAAGAUAUAUAUAUAUAUAUUUGGCUCUGUACUCCACAAUUUUAGACUUGUAAUCAAACAAUUCACGUGGCAAAAGUGCACAUUUUCAGCUUUUAUGAAAGAGUAUUUAUAUACAUUUUGAUUUCACCAUGUAGAAAUUACAGCACAUUUUGUACAUAGUACCCCUUUCUGAUUAGUCUGGUACAUCUGAUUGUUUCUUUAGUGCAGGUAUAAGAAAGCUUAUAGUAUCUAGACUUGAUUCUUGGCUUUUGCUUUCCAUUGGAGUUAUUUGCAUUUGUCAACAUGAGUUGUGCCAAUGAAAGUCAAGGAAUCCAUUAUGAGGCUGAGAUAUAAUAAAAAAUCAGUCAGAGACAUAGGCCAAAACUUAGGCUUACCAAAAUCAACUGUUCAGAACAUCAUUAAGAAGAAAGACAGCACUGUGAGCUCAGUUAUGACAAAGUUCUGGUUGGCCAAGGAAGGUUUCUAUGAUUAAUGACUGUAGAAUUCUCACCAUAAUGAAGAAAAACCCACAAACAUCUGUCUGACAGAUCAGAAACACUCUUCAGGAGGCAGAGGUGGAUCUGUGACUACUGCAGAAGACUUCAGGAACAGAAUGAAGCUGCAAAAUGUAAAUCACGAAUUAGUCGCCAAAACAGGAUGGCCAGGUUACAGUUUUCUAAGAAGUACCUAAAAGAGCCUGCAGAGUUCUGGAAAAAGACCUUGUGGACAGAUGAGACCAAUAUUAAUGAAAAUGGCAUGUGCAAAAUAGAUUCAGUGAUGAUGUAACUGCUGAUAGUAGCAAGCUUUACAUAACAAUAUGCCCCAAACAUUAUGGUGAUAUGAUGCCCUGAAAUGGGGGGGCAAUGUACAAUACGUCUUGUAAUUACUAAGGCUAAAGCUAAUUAUGGAAUCAGCAAAUGGUACUGCGUGCUAUUUGCAUUUUACAUAUGAAGCACAGCUUAAAAGGUUCAGUUCAACAACAAAAAAACAUUUAGUGCAUUGCGUACACAGUAAAAUGUCCAGUGUCCAAUUCAACUCUUACAGAGUUCAUAUGAGUUCACUCUGGCCAUAGUAGACUAUAUAAACUCUGUAAAAGUAGAUUUUACACUGAACAUUGUACUGUGUAUCUUUAUUGUAUGAGGGGAAAUUGCCAUGUAAGAGCGCAGGCUAUCCAGCACUAUGAACAAAAUGUGUAUAUUCUAGCUGUGGCAGCAAUUGCCAAAUGAAUUAAUCCAGAUGCGAGUGUAAUGUUUUAAGUAGCUUGAUUCUUGUUGGGAUGGAAUGGGAAAGUGAGGGAGGAUCUAUGUUUCUAUGUUAUAAUUUUUUAUUUUGCCCAAAAGAGUGAUUAUUUCUAUGGCUGGGUGUUUGUCACAGAAGUGCAGGUAUCACAGAUUCCAUUAUUUUUGUCUUUUUUGGCAGUGCCAUAAAUAUUACUGUUUUAGUGCUUUCUCUGAUUUUUGUAAAACUCUUCCUGUAGCUAUCGUAACAUUGUAAGUGACAACAGACGCUCAGAUGACUCAAACAUCGGAACAUGUACCAAAUCUUAAAAAGAAAAGAAAUAAAAGCAAACCCACAGUAGCUCUGUAUUUUAUUAUUUUAGUAAUGCAAUAUGAGCAUGCUCUGUAUGCUCUGUUUCUAACAAUGUUCUUUUAAAGUAAAAAGACAUGCUCUUUCCAUGAUGGACAAAUCCAAUUUAAUGCACCAGCCUAUCAUUCCAUUUGUUUGUAUUAUUUAGCAACUUGUGGCAGCUGCCCACUGAUUCUUUUGAAACUUUAAACCCUUGUUACUGUUGCCAAAGCUGUGCAUGUUAUUUCAAUCAUUUCCUAUGGCUGCACAUGAGAUCUAUUGGUUAAUUUAAUAAAUUAAUGGUUUAAACACUGUGAUUAAUGCCUCUUUUUUUCAGUUUUCCAUGAUUUUUAACAACUUUGCCAUGACUGCUCAGUGACUUUAGCCAAUAUUUUCUGUGAUAAACACCCAGCCUUAAUUACUUGGCUGCAAUAAUGAAUUAAUAAUAAAUAAUAUUAAAAAUC